AGGUGGAAAAGCCGGAGACGCCGAAACAAGUCAGGAUCUUGGAGGCUCAGGAGGUUAGCACAGAUGUGGACCUUACUCUGCCGAUUGGCGCCGCGCGGGAAGCAAGGCUAGAGGCUUCCUCUGCCGCCCUUACCGCGUCCUCUGCCGCCGCGGCGUACCAAGCGCCGCUGGCGCCGCUGGGUGCGGUGUCCUCACAACUGGAGGAGACUUUACCUGCACCCCGACAAGCUCGACAGGCUUUGAGCGCGUUCAGCUCUCCGAUGCGUGACCGGUUUCAAAGCCCAUCGUCCAGUCCAGUUGGACUGGAAUUUCCCUCGCCCGUUUUGGUGCCGCAGGACGGAACUCCGAGCAAUUCGCCACUCAAAAGGAUCAAACCCAAGGUGACCAGCUUCCUAGAUGCGACGCCCAUAGGACCUCCGUUGCCAUCGUUUACGCCCAGUGUCUGGACUCCGGAGGACCUCAAUGCCAGGGCAUACUCCAGGUCACCUCGAGGGUUGACGCCCGAGUCGCCAUGGACUCCCACUUUGCAUUUGUCCGUCGAGCGUUCCCCCGUGGCACGCUUCCCCAGCGCACAGGUCCCAACUGAGCCUGUUGCCCAGGCGUGCGGCUCCCCUUCUGCCAACGCAGAAUACUUAAGGUUUGGUCCCAACGCCCACUUUGAGGCGCCCAAGAGCUGGAGGCGUGAUGGAUUUGAGCCUAGCCUGAUGUAGCGCCGCAAAAUCUGGAGAUCCCUGACCUCUGCAGGGUAUACCCUGUUGGAUUGGCAUGCCCUGCUGGAGCCUCAAUUUGAUCAGUGCUUGGUGGCUCAUCCCACGAAUCGUAAAUGGGUUAGUUCACCC